AUGAUCUAUAUGAUUUUGAGACAUUUAACUUUAUCAUGGAGAGAUACUGAUCAAUUUUUAAGUUCAUUUGGAACAAUAGGCAUCCUAACGUGUCACAAAUGGGCUAAAACAUUUUUAUGUGAAGAUUUCAACGAUUCUGUAAGUGAAAAUAGAGGUGGGAAGCACACCGAUGGAUUUUAUGACGUUUUUCCUCAGUUGGAGAUUCAAGGUAGAGCGUUUGUGGUCGAUGUGUGUGCACAAAAGUCAAGUAGUUUUAAGGCGGCAGAUUUAGCAACAUUUAUUGAUGAACGUUAUUAUAAAAUCAAUAAUCUGAAGAAAUCUGCGAAUAAUUUAAUUCGUUCAAUUGAGAGCUGUCGUUUGGACGUACGACGCUGGGGUGGAAGACAUGAGGCCAACAGUAAUCGUCCUUAUUUUGAAGGCCACGAACGCGCCGAUAUUAUUGCUCACCGGAAAGAAUUCAUUCAGCAUUUUUUAUCAAGAAAAGCUGAAUAUUAUACUAUAACAAAUGAUGAAUCUCCCAAAUGGGUUAUACGCACUACACCACGCCGUACCAUUCUUAUUUGCCACGACGAAAGCACUUUUCGUAGCGGUGAGAUUAGUCCACAUCGAUGGAUUAUCGACGACAAUGCACCAUUCUUCAGUAAAGGACGAAGUCGUAGUCACAUGUUAAGUGAUUUUUUAGUAUUACAUCCAUCACCACGUUUCUUUCGUUUAAAUCAAGAAGAGUGGAAUGAAGCAACAAAGAAAUAUCCAGAAUUAUUACAAGAUAGUGAUAUUACAUAUGAAAAACAUUCAGCAUCAGCAGCAAUUAACAUAGGUGGUGAUCUGUAUAUGGAUAAUUCAUUAGUUUUGGAGCAAUUUGAGAGAUUUUUUAACUUACUUCAAUUCAAAAAGGAAUACAAGGAUCAUUCGUCUGAGAUUUUAGUGGAUAACGCGAGAACACACACCAAAAGACAGUAUAGCCUUCAUGACUUUGGUAAAAGUCCAGGCACCCGUUGUCCAGUACCAACAAUUGAAUUCACUGACAACAAAAAUGUGAAACAAACUGUAAAUUGUUAUUUUACUACUGGAAAUUUAAAAGGACAGUCAAAAGGACUUUUAAAUAUUGCACUGGAUCUUGGUAUACGUGUGCCUGUAGGCUGUAAACUUGAUGAAUUGAAAGCUCUCUUACUCAGACAUCCUACAUUUAAAAACGUUACAAAAUUAGAAAAGUUAGCUUCGGAAUUUGGUGUAAAAGCUUUAUAUGGGCCGAAGUAUCAUUGUGAAUUAAAGCCUAUAGAGCGUAUGUGGUGCCAUAUGAAAAGAUACGUGAGAAACCACAACGAUCAAAGUUUUACUAGAAUGAUUUCAUUAAUUGAUGAUUCACGAAUUAAUUUUGAAAAAAGAAAUAUACAUGAAAUUGUGCAGAAGAUUUUGGAAAACUCUCACUGCCUAUGAAGAAGGAAAGGACUAUAAACAUGUUCUACAAAUGUUUUUUUCUAACCUUUAUAAAGACAAUAUCGUAUCUCACCGUAAAAUAGUCGACAGUAAACUGGAUAGUUAGUGCGUUUUACUUUUAAUACAUGUUUUAUUUAUGCUCACAUUACUCAGAUAUAUUUUGGUUUUUUAAUUGCUUUUCUAUACUCAAGAUACCUCAUAUUUUAAAGAACAAGAAGAAUUUUGUAAGAAAAGAAUAAAAAAGUUUGAAAUAAACUCACAAUCAUGUACGAGAUAUGGCACAAAGUUUUCCAGAGACCUUCCAGAAAUCACCUGGAGAC